UACAGCAAUAGUAGACUAAUAAUGUUAGUCAUAAAUUUGAUGAUAAUGACAAUUUAUAUAUUUUGGUUAUAUUGCCCUAACAUUGCUAAUUUGUGAUAAGACAUCUGGGUAAUAUUCAUGUAGUUGUAUAAUAUAGUAUAUAAAUAUAGACACCACUAUUGAAUUAUUAAUUCUAGAAAAACAUUUGUCAUCCGAUAAAAUAUACAAUUAUUUUAUUUUACAAUUUAAACACUUGUUUUCACUUGUCGUGUAAAGUUGUAAGAAAAAAGUUUCUAAUAUUUUAGCAAAUUAUUAUCCAAAAUGCAAAACACAACAAUAUUAAGUGCUAUUGUGCUAAUGGUGUUUACCAUAUAUCUAUGCGAAUCGGCUAAAGUGAUGCUUACGAUAACAUCAAUGGAUAAUAAGUCCGAUAGAAAAGUCAACUGUUCCUAUGAAUUAAACAAUCAAACCGAGCAUUUCAACAGUUUAUUUGUGGACAAAGAUAAUCAAGUUUUCUACUCUAUCGACAACAAAACAUCUAUCCAUCCAAAUUUGACAUCAGUAUCUGGUAUCAACAAAACAAAUAUAAAAAUCUUAAGUCCCAAUGUGUUUAUCAUCAAUAAUGUUAACAAAACCACUUCCGGUAAAUAUACGUGUGAAGUACGAUACAACAACGGUCAAAAAGUAUCCAAAUCAGUUGACCUUAAGGUCAAUGCCGGUUCAAACAAUUUUGUGUCCGGGACAUUGGCUCUAAUAUGCGCAGUUAUGCUUAUUGCUGUUAGCAAAUAACUUAUAUGAAAUCAAUAUGUAAUUUUUGUUUUUUUAAUUAUGUGAUUAAUAAUUUUUUUAAUUUAACAAACAAGACAAAUAUUUUUUAUAUAUAAAU